AGCACCACUGACGUUGUCGCUGACGUACGUGCGUAUAGCGGAAGUGUGCGAUGUAGUUUUUUUCAGCUGCCUUUUAAAGUCUGCUUAUGAAUUACAGUUUCGGCCUUUGUUUUACUAUGACAUGAGGCAGAAUCAAAAAUAAGUUUGUUAUAACCCUGUUCGUUGUAAACGUGCUUUAGUGUGGGGGUUUCGGUGAGUAUUUGGGCUUGUUCCUGUGUUGUUAUCAUAGACUGUUAUGCUCAAAGCUAAAGAUACCAAGCUGCUCUGUCUUUGUCAAAGCGUAACGUUUGAAAUCUUUCGUGUACAAAUAGUACUCUGCGUAUUUUAUAGAUUGUAGCUAAUUUUCAGGUGAGGAUAAAAGGCCUCUUAUACCUGCUCCAGAAUUUGGACCACUGAACCUGAAAGUGUCGAGUCAAAUCUGUCCAGCGAUGCCAGUACAGUAAUAACUUUAAUGCUUGAUGUGAGUUAACAAAGUGGAGUCGGUGCUUCGUACAUCUUUAUGACAUGGAAGCUGAAAAAGAUGAUAACCAGCUACAUGAAGAGAGUCCUGUGAACACCAAAAAUCUAGAUGGGGCUUUGUCAGAUGAUCACUCUUCAAAAGAUGCUAGUCCAUCGUCUUUGGAGGCUACAGGGUUGUUGUCAUUACCAUGGGAAAUGGUAACUCACAUUGCCUCUCACCUCCCUGCUCAGUGUGUCAUCACUGUCCUGCCCAAGGUGUGUCAUGCCUUAAGUAAUGUGGGCAAAGACAAUACUGCGUGGCAAAUCCGCGCACGUAGACUCACUGGCUCACGUGCAAACUUUCCCGUUGGGCCAAAGGAGGAUUUUGAUUGGCCUACAGCUUGUCUCGAGAUGGAACAGUUGAUAGCUUUUUGGACCGAUCAAGCGCACAUUGUGGCCAAACAAAGUGAAGAUCAAGUAAAUGAAAGAAAACGGCAAGAUGAGGAACAGGGGGCUGCGUUACCGGAAGGUGGUGAAGUGGAGGGGGUGGAGGGGGUCGGCGUGGCAGGGCAGGAGGUGGCAUACGGGGUGGAUGAAGGCCUGGAGGUAGCUUUGGAGGGUGCAAAUGAAGAGAUGCCAGAGAACCAACUCGAGGAGGCAGCAGCUUUAAUGAACGAGGAAAGAAAUUUGGGACAAGAAGAUGAUUUGAAUCAUCAGGAAAACAUAGACCCAAGACUUUUAGGAAAUGAACGACUUUUAGAAAGUGAGACCAAACCUGCAAGAAGUCCCAGCCCAUCCCCAGCUUUAGAGUGCCUCACUUUACCAUCGGACCACAUUGCCCAGAUUAACUCCGUCCUCCUUGUGGGUGGUGAAGGGAAGUUCUGCGCUACUGGGUCUCGAGACUGGAAUGUUCAAUUGUGGGAUUUGGAAGCAGGGCCCUCCGGAGCACUUUUGCACACUUUGGGAGCACAGGGUCAUUUUAGUUCUCAUAAAGGCUGGGUGUGGUGUCUUGCUUCUCAGGGGCCCUUGUUGGCAUCGGGAGGUUUCGACAGCACAGUCCGAUUAUGGGACCUCCCGUCAGGUGGGGGAGAGAGAGGAACUAUAAAGGCAGAUGCUCCUGUCCUCUGCCUGUCCUUUCAAGACAAUAUUUUACUGGCUGGGACGUUUGACAGGAAGGUCACAAUGUAUGAUCCCAGAGUGGCUGAACCUCUGGUGAAAAGCCUCCAUCUCCAUGGUAAUGCAGUAAUGUGCCUUGCUGCUGACGACAGGUACAUCAUCUCGGGGAGUAAAGACUGCACUGUGGCCGUGUAUGACUGCAGAGCUGGAAAAGGCCUAAAGAAAAUCAGGCUAAAAACGUACCCACUUUCCAUGAGCUACAGCGGCAAUGAGGUGUGGGCUGGGGACAACAAAGGCAUGCUACACGCCUUUUCUAUGCAAGCAGGGACUUUACAAACUCUGUCUCAGUUUGAUGUGGGGCAUACUGCUAUGGUCACUGGAAUCCACCGAUCACCUGGAAGCCUUUACACCUGCUCAGCGGACAGGACAGUGAAGGUUCACAUACCAUGUUCACCACCAAGAACACUGUGCACACUGCAGCAACAGACUGGAGUAAAUGGGUUGAGUGUGGAGGCUGGAGUCCUUGCUGUUGCCUCUGGAGAAACCUGUAUAGAAGUCUGGCGGCCCAGAAAAUGACAGCAGGAGAAACCAGCUCACAUGUUUAGGAUUCACUAGUAUUUCGCUCACUAAUCGUGUGGAUACAACAACACUAGACACAUUAACACGCACAUAAAAAAAAAAAAAAGUUGAUUCUUGUAUAUAUAUCUUUAUGUCACUUUGUUAUGUGUGAUUUAAUAACAAAAAAAUAGUAGAAGUUGAUUCCGCCUUAUUGUUGUGCUUUCAAUAAAAAUCAGCUCUUGCAGUGUGUAUUAAUACAUGUAUAUUUUAUUAUUAAUUUUGUUUUAAAUUAUCCAAAAAGAAUAAAAGAACAGAAGUGAAA